AUGUGGACUCGUCCUUCUUCACCGGGAACCACUCGCCCUGCGUCUCCGUCCAGGCCGGCUGUCUGGGUACCAGCUAGCUCACACCUCACCUUCUACAUCCUCAUGUUCUACAUCCUCACAUUCUACAUCCUCACCUUCUACAUCCUCACCUUCUACAUCCUCACGUUCUACAUCCUCACCUUCUACAUCCUCACCUUCUACAUCCUCACGUUCUACAUCCUCACCUUCUACAUCCUCACCUUCUACAUCCUCACGUUCUACAUCCUCACCUUCUACAUCCUCACGUUCUACAUCAUCACAUUCUACAUCCUCACCUUCUACAUCCUCAUGUUCUACAUCCUCACCUUCUACAUCCUCACGUUCUACAUCCUCACCUUCUACAUCCUCACGUUCUACAUCAUCACGUUCUACAUCAUCACGUUCUACAUCCUCAUGUUCUACAUCCUCACGUUCUACAUCAUCACGUUCUACAUCAUCAUGUUCUACAUCCUCACCUUCUACAUCCUCAUGUUCUACAUCCUCACUUUCUACAUCAUCACGUUCUACAUCAUCACGUUCUACAUCCUCACGUUCUACAUCCUCACCUUCUACAUCAUCACGUUCUACAUCAUCACGUUCUACAUCCUCAUGUUCUACAUCCUCACGUUCUACAUCAUCACGUUCUACAUCAUCACGUUCUACAUCCUCAUGUUCUACAUCCUCACGUUCUACAUCAUCACGUUCUACAUCAUCAUGUUCUACAUCCUCACCUUCUACAUCCUCAUGUUCUACAUCCUCACUUUCUACAUCAUCACGUUCUACAUCAUCACGUUCUACAUCCUCACGUUCUACAUCCUCAUGUUCUACAUCCUCACCUUCUACAUCAUCACGUUCUACAUCAUCACGUUCUACAUCCUCACGUUAUAUAUCAUCACCUUCUACAUCAUCACGUUCUACAUCAUCACCUUCUACAUCCUCACGUUCUACAUCCUCACGUUCUACAUCAUCACGUUCUACAUCCUCACCUUCUACAUCCUCAUGUUCUACAUCCUCACCUUCUACAUCAUCACGUUCUACAUCAUCACGUUCUACAUCCUCACGUUCUACAUCCUCACCUUCUACAUCAUCACGUUCUACAUCCUCACGUUCUACAUCAUCAUGUUCUACAUCCUCACCUUCUACAUCCUCAUGUUCUACAUCCUCACCUUCUACAUCAUCACGUUCUACAUCAUCACGUUCUACAUCCUCACGUUCUACAUCAUCACGUUCUACAUCCUCAUGUUCUACAUCCUCACGUUCUACAUCAUCACGUUCUAUAUCAUCACGUUCUACAUCCUCACCUUCUACAUCAUCACGUUCUACAUCAUCACCUUCUACAUCCUCACGUUCUACAUCAUCACGUUCUACAUCCUCACCUACAUCCUCACAUCAUCACGUUCUACAUCAUCACGUUCUACAUCCUCACCUUCUACAUCCUCACGUUCUACAUCAUCACGUUCUACAUCCUCAUGUUCUCCAUCCUCACGUUCUACAUCAUCACGUUCUACAUCAUCAUGUUCUACAUCAUCACCUUCUACAUCCUCACGUUCUACAUCCUCACCUUCUACAUCCUCGCAUUCUACAUCCUCACGUUCUACAUCAUCACGUUCUACAUCCUCACGUUCUACAUCCUCACCUUCUACAUCAUCACGUUCUACAUCAUCACGUUCUACAUCCUCACGUUCUACAUCAUCACGUUCUACAUCAUCACGUUCUACAUCCUCACCUUCUACAUCAUCACGUUCUACAUCCUCACGUUCUACAUCCUCACCAGAAGGACCCGUUAGCUUGUUAAAAGAUGCACAACAUCAAAGACUUGGGGGUCCUCUGGUAGACCUCAGCUGGGGGUCCUCUGGUAGACCCCAGCUGGGGGUCCUCUGGUCCCCCACAUGGGGCGUGGAGUCCACGAGGAGAACCUGACUAACAGAGCGGUUCUCCCAGAGGAACCGCCGUGCUUCACGCUGCAGGGAGACCGGACCGGCAUGGCGGCCUCCGACGCCCAGCUGGCUGCUGUCGCCACGCUGGGCUCGGAGGCGUGGC